ACCUGAUGCAUCAUAUUUUGCACCAGACUGCUUUCACUUUAGCCAAAAAACUCACUCUCAAUCUGCUCGUGCUUUGUGGAACAACAUGAUGGAACCAGUUGGUGAAAAGUCCACUAAUGAGAGUAUUGAUGUUGUUAUUGAACUGAAGUGUCCACAGCAGGAAAAACCUUACUUAUUCACAAAGAAAAACAGUGAGUCAACAAAGGAAAGCACUAUUGCACCUAUAUCAACCAAACCAGGGCCCACAUCUGUCUUGCCAGGAACCACACCUCUUCCACCAGCAUCUGGAAUUCCAUCCUGGGCAGUUGCUGUUGCUGCAGUAGCAGGUGUUCUUUUGGGGAUAGCAGCAUCUGUUGCUUUUCUGUCAUGUAAGAAGCAAUACUUCAAGAAGAAAUACGACAAACAGGAGAAAAAGGAAAAAAAUAUUGACCAAAAUAUGACAUCAUUCUAGGAGCAAAUGUUUUGCAUUUUGAUGAUCAUUUAUUUUAAUCUAUAGGAAAGUCAGCAUUAUUUUCUGCUUUCUUCAUGGA